AUGGCACCAGCCCCUCUCCUCUCCUGCCUACUGCUGGCUGGCCUGGCCCACGGCAUCAGGGGGCCCGUCGAGGCCCAGGUCCCAGGCCCCCAGCCAAUGGAGCUGAAAGAGGCCUUCAUGCUGUUCCAGAUCCAGUACAAUCGUAGUUACUCAGACCCAGCAGAAUAUGCCCACCGCCUGGACAUCUUUGCACGAAACCUGGACCGAGCUCAGCAGUUGCAGGAAGAGGACCUGGGCACAGCUGAGUUUGGGGUGACGCCAUUCAGUGACCUCACAGAGGAGGAGUUUGGUCAGGUCUAUGGGCACGAGAAGUCUCCUGGAAGAGCUCCCAAUGUGAGCAGAAAGGCAGGACCUGAGGGAUGGUGGGAGUCAAGGCCUUCCAGUUGUGAUUGGCGGAAGGCGACCAAUGUCAUCAAACCUGUCAGAGAACAGAACAGUUGCCGAUGCUGCUGGGCCAUUGCAGCAGCGGGGAACAUCGAGGCCCUGUGGACCAUCAAGAGCCGGCAGUCAGUGGAACUCUCUGUGCAGGAACUCAUCGACUGUGGCCGAUGUGGCAACGGCUGCAAUGGUGGCUUUGUCUGGGAGGCAUAUUUAACUGUCCUUAACCGAAGCGGCCUGGCCAGAGAGAAGGAGUACCCGUUCCAGGGGAACUUCAAGGCCGAAAGGUGCCAGGCCACGUACAAGAAAGUGGCCUGGAUCCAAGACUUCUUCAUGCUGCCGGAGAAUGAACAGAAAAUCGCCCAGCACCUGGCUACCGAGGGCCCCAUCACCGUGACCAUCAACAUGAAGCUACUGCAGCAAUACCAGAAGGGUGUGAUCAAGGCCACACUUGAAAGCUGUGACCCCAAUCAUGUGGACCACACUGUCCAGCUGGUGGGCUUUGGGAAGGACAAGCUAGAGGCGAGGAUGUCGGCGGAGGCACCCCAGAAUGGCACCCAGGCAGGUCGCCCUCGCAGCAUCUCCUACUGGAUCCUGAAGAACUCCUGGGGGUCCAGGUGGGGCGAGAAGGGCUAUUUCCGGAUGCACCGAGGGAGCAACACAUGUGGCAUCACCAAGUACCCAUUCACAGCCCGUGUAGACAGACCGUCUAAGAAGCGGCCUGUCUCCUGCCCGCCGUGA